AUGUUCAAAUUUAAAAUUGGCAGAAAACAGCCAGAAGAUAACGAAGCAAGACGUCGAUUACAAAAAGAACUAUUUGGAUUUAGCAAGGUUUCUGAUCGUGGAUUCCCAUCUUGUCCAUCAGCUAUUGCUUACGAUGAUCAAUUACGAUUAAUUGCUAUUGGAACACAAACUGGAGAAAUUCGAAUUUAUGGUCAACCGGGAUUUCAGUUAUCCUAUAGUUUAGAUGUAAAUAAUUCUUGUUCAUGUAAUAUUCAUCAUUUACUAUUUUUGAAUGGUGUUGGACGUCUCAUUAUAUUAACAACAGAUGGUUAUAUUCAUUUAUUAGAAAUAAAUAAUUAUCAUCCACAUGGAACAGCAAGUAAAGAUUCAUCAACAGCAGCGAAUAUAACAACAGUGCGUUUAGAUCGUAUAUGUACAUCGAAUGAUGAUAAUUCAGCGUAUUUAAAGCAAACACAAGCAGUAUGUUUAUUAAAAAAUCAUUUAAACUUAUUAAUUGGACUUGAAAAUGGAGAUAUUAUUUUGUUUAAUAUCGAAAAUUUUUCACUUAAUACCAAACCAAUUGUGCCAAAUGAAGUUUUAAUGAAAAAUAUACCUGAAAAUUGUCAUGGACGUGUUAGCAAUACGGGACCAGUUCAAUCAAUUGUUCAGCAUCCAACAAACGAUGAUAAAAUAUUAAUUGGCUAUAAAAACUGUUUAAUUGUUCAAUGGGAUCUACCAUCCAAUAGUCAUGACAGAAUGUACGUUUAUAAACAGGAAAUUGAAUCUUUAUGUUGGUAUAAUAAAGGAUUAAAUUUUGCGUCUUGUCAUACAGAUGGAAGUUAUGCUUUAUGGAAUGCUAAUGAAGACAUUAACGCGUUAGAAAAUGAGAAAAAACAAUAUGGUCCAUAUCCGUGUAUGACCAUGAAAAAAAUUCUUGUUAAAAUAAUGCGAAAUGGUGAUUCAUUAAUUAUCUUUUCUGGUGGUUUACAACGUUCAGGAUAUUCAACGAAACAUAGUGUUAGUUGUGUAUGUGAAAAUGAACAUGAACACGAACACGAUCAUAGUGAUCGACAACGACAUGUUGCAUUUGAUUUUACAACGCCUGUUAUUGAUUUUUUUACAAUUGAUAAACCAUCUUCAGAUGGCUCACGUGAUGAUCCUCAAUCACUCGUUAUUCUAUUAAAAGAAGAAAUUGUAUUUAUUGAUUUAAUCACUGAUAGUUGGCCAUCCUAUCGUUUGCCUUAUUUAAACAGUAUUCACGCUUGUCCUGUUAUAUGUACAACUCUAGUAUGUAAUAUUAAUCAACAAUUUUAUAAAAAAUUAACAAAUUAUGGUAAUGCUCAAUGUGAUGAUUAUUCAGAUAGAAAAUGGCCAUUAACGGGUGGUGAUAUAAAUAAUUAUACAUCUAAUUUUAAUCUUAAUAAUACGUUAACAAAUAGUUUGGAUGAUAGUUGUAGUAACAGACAAAUAUUAUUGACAGGCCAUGAGGAUGGUUCAGUACAGUUUUGGGAUGUGACCGACAUUUCAAUGCCAUUAUUAUAUAAAUUAAAAACAAAUGAUUAUUUUCUAAUUGAUCAACCACUGAAUGAUGAUGGAGAGGAAGAAGAAACAUGGCCACCCUUUCGAAAGACCGGUUUUUUUGAUCCAUUUUGUGAUGAUGCACGACUAGCUAUCCAAAAAAUAGCAUUAUGUACAAAUACUGACACAUUAGUAGUAGCAGGACAAGCCGGUCAAAUAUUUACUUUCAAUUUUUCAAACGAAUCUGUUGAUACAAGUAUAACUGCAACAAGGAUUAAUUUAAUCGAUGAAGGUUGUGAAAGUUAUGUGUGGAAGGGACAUGAAGAAAUGAAAAUAAAACAAUGUCAUGUACCUCCUGGUUUUGUUGCAUCAUCAAUUGUACAACUAUAUCCACCAGCGUCUGUAUCAGCAUUAGCAUUAUGUUCAGAUAUACAAACUUAUGCAGUGGGAACUGCACAUGGUUUUACAAUAUUUAAUUAUAAACAAAAUCGAAUGUUGACGAUGAAAUGUACACUUGAUCCAGCAUCAUUGUCCUCUUCAUCUGUCGUCCAAGCAUCUGGUGAAACGUCGUUAAAUCGAGGUCGUUCGUUAAAAAAAUCCCUCCGUGAGUCAUUUCGUCGUUUACGCAAAGGUCGAACUGUUAAAAAAACGAUGAUAGCUGUUAAUAAACGAAACGAAACAACAGCAGCGUCAUCACCGUUAGAAGAAAGAGUUCCAGUUGAACGUCAAGUGGAAUUUCGUGAAUUUAAACCAGUUGAUGAUCAAAUUAUAAGCAUGGUUCGAUGUCUUUAUUUUGCACAAACACAUCUGACAAGUGUUAAUUCUACCACGCGAUCAUUGUGGGCUGGUACUAAUGGUGGUCACGUUUAUGUUUAUUCCAUUGUGAGUGGUGAUGCACAGGCGACAUCGUCAACAGUUCAACGAUCUGGUAAUCCUCCUUCCAGUGGCAUCGUAACUGAGCAAUAUGAUACCUGUUUGAUGGCUAAAGAAAUUCGCUUGAAACACAAAGCUCCUGUUCUAAGUAUUGUUGUUCUUGAUGGAUCUAAUCGUCCCAUUGGCCAUGGUUCGGGAAUACCAACAAUUGAAUCAUCUCCUAAUCAUCAAACAUUACCAACAAGUACUUCUCAAUCGGCAACAACAACAAUGGUAUCUCAAGAGCACACAAUAAGUCCUACUACGUCUACCUCAACUGGAUCUAUUGCUCAUAAAGUGCUUAUUUGUUCCGAAGAACAAUUUAAAAUCUUUACAUUACCGAGUUUAAAACCACUUUGUAAAUAUAAACUAACGGCAACAGAAGGUGCUCGUGUCAGAAAAGUUAGUGUAAAUCAAUUUACAUUAAAAACAGAUGUCAAUCAACAAACGUCUUAUUCAGAAUUAUGUUUAUUAUGUUUGAGUAAUUUGGGUGAAAUUAGUAUUUAUAGUUUACCAUCACUUCGGCGUCAAAUCGUAUUUAGUUGUAUAAAGACAGGUGACAUAACAGCAUUGUCAUCUGUUCAAUUUACGCCCUAUUCUCAUGCAUUCUAUUUACAAUCAUCAUCGGAAUUAGCCGAAGUUACCUUUACACCCGUCUCAUCGUAUCCAUAUUCAGUGUCAUUGUCAUUUGAUAAAGCAUUAAGAAAAUCAAUUGAGCGAUCAAAUAACAUUUCUCAAACAUUUUUAACCAUCGCUAAUGAUGAUAAUAAUAAAGAACAACAACAAAGUCCAACGAAAAGUGAAGCUAGAGAUGACCAAGAUAAUAAAAUUAAGACUAACAGUAUCAAACAAAACAUUGUCGAGUCAUCACCAUCACCACUGAAUCUGGAUAAUACAAACGAUUCGACUCUAACAUCAGUUAGUGGAACGAAUCAUCAUUAUCAUCAUUCAUCAACGAUUAGUCCAUUGUCAAAAUCAUCAAGUUCUUCACCUUCUCAAAAGAUAAAUAUGAGUAAUUUAUCUUACGGUGAUAAUCACCAUCAUGAAAAAGAAGAACCAAUGAGAAAAGGGAUAGAUAGUGUUGGUGGAAAUAACAGCAGUAUAAAUUCAGAUUCAGCUAUUGAUCUUAGUUUAGCAAGCACAUCAAUGAAUACAACAACGAAAACAAAUUCAGUUGACGAAAAUCAUAAUACAGUUUAUAAAUACAAUGGUAAAUCGCAUGAACGAGAGUUAUCACCAUUUCAAUCAACGCCACUUAAAAUUUCAACCGAUGUACCAUCGUCAAUAUACAAUGGUCACUCCAUUAGCAACAGUUCUAUCUCACCUGUUGAAAAACAACAACAAAAAAUCUCACCAACAUCUUCAAUUCCCCUACAUUCGACAACAUCACCAGCUAAACUAAUAUCGGUGAAAGUCCGUCAGGCUCCCACCAUCAAUGAAAUUCAUUGUAAUGGUACAAAGCUUGAUCAUCAAAUACCACAAUUAACUUCUCCACAACGGACAUCAGCACCAAUUGCACCACCAAAAAUUAUUCAUACUUAA